UAGCAGAUCUCAACCUUAAGAAGACACCUCAGCUUGUGGAAUUGGUGGAGGACAGCAAUGCAGAUGUUGAGGAACUUAUGGGGUUAGCUCCUGAGAAAGUUAUACUGAAAUGGAUGAAUUUCCAUUUAAACAAAGCCGGCUAUGAGAAAACUGUUACUAAUUUUUGUUCAGAUGUGAAGGAUGCAAAAGCUUACACUUACCUGCUUAAUGUUCUGGCACCAGAGUACUGCAAUCCGUUGACCCUAGAUACAAAGGAUCCCGUUGAAAGGGCUAAACUUGUUCUUGACCACGCAGAGAGAAUAGGCUGCAAACGGUAUCUGAGCCCAAAAGACAUUGUUGAGGGCUCAACAAACUUGAAUCUCGCAUUUGUGGCCCAAAUCUUCCAUGAAAGAGAAGAGAGGUGUUUUGGACUAUGGAUCAAUAGUCUUGGAAUUGAAAGUUAUGUUAAUGUCUUUGAGGAUGUUAGAACUGGUUGGAUACUUUUAGAAGUGCUUGAUAAAGUUGCUCCUGGAUCAGUGAACUGGAAGCAUGCAUCGAAACCUCCAAUUAAGUUCCCAUUUAGAAAAGUGGAAAAUUGCAAUCAAGUAGUGAAGAUCGGGAAACAGUUGAAAUUUUCCGUCGUGAAUCUCGGCGGAAAUGAUAUAGUGCAAGGAAAUAAAAAGCUCAUAGUUGCUUUCCAGUGGCAAUUAAUGAGGUUUAACAUGCUUCAACUUCUCAAGAGUUUGAGAUCCCGCUCCCGAGGAAAGGAGAUAACUGAUGCAGAUAUCUUGAAUUGGGCAAACCUGAAAGUCAACAUUUCAGGAAGAACUACCCAAAUAGACAGCUUCAAGGACAAAAGCCUUUCCAAUGGACUGUUCUUCCUCGAACUUUUAAGUGCUGUGGAGCCAAGAGUGGUCAACUGGAACCUUGUAUCUAAGGGUGAAAGUGAGGAGGAGAAGAGGUUGAACGCAACAUAUAUCAUAAGUGUGGCACGGAAGCUUGGGUGCUCGAUUUUCUUGUUGCCGGAGGACAUUAUGGAGGUAAACCAGAAAAUGAUCCUCACAUUAACAGCCAGCAUAAUGUACUGGUGCCUUCAACAUACCGCAGAAGAGGCCGAGGCAGCUCUAUCCCCUUCAAAUGGCAACGGUAGUAUUACUCACACACCAGAUGCAUCUCCAGCACCAUCCAUUAGUGCGGUGAAGAUGAAAGGUCAUCGCUGUGUGGUGAGAUGUCAAGCUUGACGGUGGACGAUGCUGCCUCGGACGUUACAGUUUCGUCAUCUCAAUGUGAGGACGAAGAUGCUGAAAUUGCAACUGUGUAAAACCCCAUACAAAAGAGAAUAUGGUUGCAGUAGGUAGAAGAGGCCACGAGUUGAUUCAUACAAUCAGAAAGUUCC